GAUUUAAAUCGUCCACCCAAUGCCCGAACGCCCAUUAUUUCUCACUAGGUAGAAAGAGACAGGAAGCCACGGAGGAAUCCCUCACGAACACCCCGUUGACCCAGAACCAUGGCUUCGAAUAAUGGCACAGUUGGAAAGUGGGAAGUGGUGAAGAAAGGAAAGAAAAACCCAAAUUCGGGAGGAAAACCGGGUGAUAAAAAAUCCGGCGGUGGGGAGAGGAAAGUGUUGACCGAAUCUAACCUAUUCACUCGACCGCCCCCGAUCAUCUCUGAGACCCUGUACGAUAACUUUGAGAAGAUGGCCAAGAAACAGAACAAGGAACAGAUGCCUCCGCCGACCGCAGAGUCCCAGAACAAGAAGCCUCCCAUGAGCAAGCCCAGCAAGAAGGCCAGUCCGCUGAACAGCCCCCAGCCGACCUCUGCGCACAAGAACCUGGAGGCCGCCUUCAAAACGCUGGAUGUCUCGGAGCUGAAACAGCAGCUGGGUCGCAGCCAGGCUCUCUUCCCAGAAAGCCCCUCGGUGUGGGUCAAGGACCUGGCCGGAUACCUCAACCACAAGCUGAAUGUGCCCGAGAGCGAGCCCACCCUCAGCAACUAUGCCCAUGACUACCCAUACUGCCUCGCUGGAAAGGAGCUGAAGAGUGUGAUGAACGGGCUCAUCGGCCGCUGCAGCGAUGACCUGCCGGACUUCUUUGACCACUGUGUUUCCACCAUGCUCAGGGAGCUGGACAGACAACCAGAUGAGCCUUUGCAUGGGUACCGAGUCUGCAUCCAGGCAAUCCUACAGGACAAGCCAAGAAUAGCCACCCAAAGCCUGCCAGAGUACCUGGAGCUGCUCCGGUCGGUACAGAACCGCCCGGCCAAGUGUCUGACCAUCAUGUGGGCUCUGGGCCAGGCGGGCUUCUAUGACCUCAGCCAGGGAUUGCGAGUGUGGCUGGGCAUUAUGCUCCCUGUGCUCGGAGUCAAGUCGCUCUCCUCCUACGCCCUCGCCUAUCUGCAGAGACUCCUCAUGCUUCAUGCAAACCUCACCAAGGGAUUUGGAAUCAUGGGCCCUAAAGAGUUCUUCCCUUUGCUGGACUUCGCCUUCAUGCCCAAGAACGCCUUGUCAUCGAGCCUGCAGGACCAGCUGCGGCGCCUGUACCCACGCCUCAAGGUGCUGGCCUUCGGCGCCAAGCCAGAGAGCACGCUGCACACGUACCUGCCCUCCUUCCUGUCCAGGGCCACGCCCCACUGCCCCGACGACAUGAAGAGAGAGCUUCUGAGCAGUAUGACAGAGUGCUUGUGCGUGGAUGUGCAGUCUCUAGGCGUGUGGAGGCAGCUGUACACCAAACACCUACCCCAGUCCAGCCUUCUCUUAAACCAUUUGCUGAGGUCUUGGAAGGCUCUGCCACCAAAGCUUCAGAGGAACCUCCAGGAGACCAUCCAGUCGUUCCGGGUGACCAACGAUGAGAUGAGGGACACCAUCGAAUCCCAGGAGCUCCAGGAUUGCAACGCACUGUGUCAAAACCUGCAGGUGAAGAUGCGUAGUGGUGGGUUCCCCUGGUCCAGGCUGCUCAUGGUGCUGUUGGUGUUCGUCGCUGGCUUCAUGGCUCAGGACAUCCGGUCCCACGGCUCCUUCACAGACUCCACGACGGCGCGGUAUUUACACAGCUCUGGGGUGGCUGGUGUGUCGCAGCAGGCAUGGGGCAAGGUGACCGUCUAUACCAAACAGGGCUUCAGCUGGCUGGAGACGAACAUGCCCUUCUACUACUCUGAGAGCGUGCGUGUGCUGGGGCCCCUGAUGGAGCAGGGCCUGGAGAAGGCCAAGGCCGCGGCGGUCCUCAUCGCCGAGAACACCAACCGCCUCGUCCUGUGGGUCGGGGAGAAGGCGCCCCUGCUGCUGGACUGGGUGAUCACCAACACACCAGACAGCGUGUUCCAGGCGCUGGCCUACCUGAAGGAGCUCCUGCUGCUCCUCUAUCACGACGUCAUCCUCCCUGCCCUGGCCUUCACAGCCCAGCUGCUGCAGCGCACCUGGAACGGCCUGCGGGACUCCUGCAACGGGGAGGUCUCGGUGUCGUGUCUACAGGGCCACGCCUUGUCCUUCACCAACUCCACCUGGCUCCUCCUCCAGCACACCACCUCCGCCAUCAAGACCUGGGCCCAGGAGCUGCUGCCGCCUGCAUGAUGCACACACUCUGCCCUGCACACACGUACAUAAACACACACAACCCCUCCCCCCCUUCAAAGGCAUAUGAAGACAAACUACGCCUGUCAUUGGGGCUGCGUUAUGCGCUCCUGAUCUGAGCUGGUUGAACAUGGAGGACCCCACCACGUCGGGGCGGAACAGACUUUCACUCUUUAAUGACUUCUACUCUCUCCUUUUUUCUAAUCCUGCAUGCUAUUUAUAGUUGUUAUUUUUUACCAGCUCUUUUCUUAAUGUUUCGAUGCGGAAGUCAAUCCCCCCUCCUACCCAUGGAUUUUCUACACUUACAUUUCCAGCCCGACCACACUUAACCUUGAGGCAAUACAUUUACACGGUGAAAUUAUAUUUGUUCUUAGGUUCAUUUCUACAAGAAGGAGAAAAAGUAUUUAUAGAUAUGGAGUGUGUGCUGUGUGAUCGGUCGUGUGAGAGAGAACACAUUGGAAAAUACCAUGUCUCCGUCCAUCUGAAACAUUUCUGUGUAUGGAUCUGGAGUCAAAUGGUUGAGUCCAGAGUUUGGUCCCCUAUACUUCAUCUUGUAUUCAUCGAUGGUUUUUAUGUACGUGUGCCUGCGUUUGUGUGUGUGUGUGUGUGUGUGUGUGUGUGUGUGUGUGUGUGUGUGUGUGUGUAUAUGAGAUGUAAAACAACCUUAUCAACCCCCCAUUGCAUGGACUUCAAAGAUGCAGAUGAUGAAAUACUUUAUUGAGCCAGAAGGAAGUAAGCGGCUGAUUGCUGUUCACUGGACAGAUGGUACGAUAUUCUUGUGGUUGUACGUUCAUUUUCAAACCCUGUCUACCUGUCUUGAGUUGUGCUGUGACCCCUGGGCGAAGUUCAGAAAGGGUAAUAGUGUACCAUGUCUCUUUAACUGUACGACCUGUAUUAAAAUGUAGAAUUAACCCUGUAGCUACUACUGCUAACUUCAAUGAAACAUAACGAUAGUCCACACACUUCGCUCACUGGAAGCCAGGCAUGAAUGAGAUCAGAAGAGCAGCGACUGUGAAUUGUGUUGUCCAAAGUAAAGGCUGAUGUUCUCUGUUUGUGUGUGUGUAUAAACGUGUGUGUGCAUGUUGACAUGGGGUAAUUCGUUUGCCCCAUGAUAUCCUCAUUCGAAAGUGUUAGAUUAUAAUAACAGACUAUUCUUCUACCUUGGGCUUUGGUGACAUUACAAUAGGUGGUGUCCUGCUGGUAAAACUGAGGGAACUAAUUUCGUAACGCUCACCCCGAAGUAGAAAAUGGAAGUUUAGAAGGACACGGCAAUUUAUGUUACAUUUUAAUGUAAAUGAUUUAUAAUAAAAUAUCAAACAA